GGAGAGUAAAGUACUCACGAUCACGAUAUAUUCAUCCCCCUUUCUGUCUUUUUUCCUUUCUCUCUCUCUCUUCCACAGCAGGGGCAGGUCCGACAGAACACAAAAACAGCACCCAUAGCCCGCCCUGAACCCUAGCUCGCCGCCUUGUGUAAAGAAAUGAAAAUUUUGAGUUAGGUCGCAAGUUCGAACCUUGGGCCAAGCCGAGUAAGUGCAGUAUUUAAGUGGAGGAGGGCAGUCGACUGGGCUCAACAAUCGUUCUCUUUGGUGGCUACAAUGUCGACUCCAGCUAGAAAGAGGUUGAUGAGGGAUUUCAAGAGGUUGCAGCAGGACCCUCCUGCUGGUAUUAGUGGUGCACCUCAAGACAACAACAUUAUGCUUUGGAAUGCUGUGAUAUUUGGUCCUGAUGACACUCCUUGGGAUGGUGGUACGUUCAAGUUGACUCUUCAAUUCUCUGAGGAUUACCCCAAUAAGCCACCAACAGUGCGGUUUGUUUCUCGCAUGUUUCAUCCUAAUAUUUAUGCAGACGGAAGUAUAUGUUUGGAUAUUCUUCAAAAUCAAUGGAGUCCAAUAUAUGAUGUUGCAGCUAUACUUACAUCCAUUCAGUCGUUGCUGUGUGAUCCGAACCCCAAUUCACCUGCAAAUUCGGAAGCAGCUCGGAUGUUCAGUGAGAAUAAAAGGGAGUACAAUCGGAGAGUGAGAGAAAUUGUGGAGCAGAGCUGGACUGCAGACUGAUUCGACGGAAUAAAGACGUAAGUGCAGACCUCAGAUCAAGAGCACCAUGGCUCAUCUAUGUUAAAUUUACGGAUUGAAACCUCUUUGAAAUUUAUUUUAAUGGAACACAUUUGUUUUGGUCCUAGUAUUCUGGCUUGGUGCUAUUUGCCUAAUUGUCAUUUGCUGCAUUGCAUUGACAAGCUCCUGUAAAAUAUGGAUGUGCAUUGUGGUUUAGAAAUGCAAGGGAAUUGGUUUUCACAA